AUGUCCGUCGCGGGAUUUAAGAAGCAAUUUUACAAAGCGAGCCAGAUGGUGAGUGAGAAGGUUGGAGGUGCAGAGGGAACCAAACUGGAUGAAGACUUCAAGGACCUCGAGAGGAAAGCAGAUGUUACCAGCAAAGCAGUCCUGGAAGUCAUCAAUAAAACAUCAGAGUACCUCCAGCCCAACCCGGCAACGAGAGCUAAGCUUUCCAUGCUCAAUACAAUGUCAAAGAUGCGCGGGCAGGUCAAUAGUCCGGGUUACCCCCAGCCUGAGGGCCUCCUGGGGGAGUGCAUGACUAAGUAUGGACGGGAUAUGGGCGAAGACACCAACUUUGGUGUGGCUCUAACAGAUAUUGGGGAAUCAAUGAAGAGGAUGGCCGAGGUCAAGGACUCUCUGGAUAUUGAUGUGAAGCAGAACUUUAUUGACCCACUGCAGGCAGUCGCUGAGAAGGAUAUCAAAGACAUUCAGUACCACCUGAAGAAGCUGGAGGGCCGCCGUCUAGACUAUGAUUAUAAAAAGAAACGUCAAGGUAAAAUCCCAGAAGAAGAGAUCAGGCAGGCCCUGGAGAAGUUCCAUGAAUCCAAAGAGAUGGCUGAAGGCUCCAUGCACAACCUGCUGGAAACAGAUGUGGAGCAGGUGAGUCAGCUGUCUUCUUUUGUGGAGUCUCUGCUGCAGUACCACAAACAGGCCUCGCAGGUCCUCGAGGAGCUUUCUGACAAACUGAGAGAAAGGGUGACUGACGCUCAGUCUCGUCCAAGGCGUGAAUACAUACCCAAACCCAGACCAGAAUAUGACUAUGGAGAGGAAAACUCUAACGGCGGAUACUCACCAGCUGCUACAACCCCUCAAACUUACUCUUCCGCCCCCCAAGCACAAUAUCCAGCUCCAUCCUUUCAAAGAACCUCCAUGAAGAGCAGACAGCCUGAGCCAUGCUGUAAAGCCCUGUAUGACUUUGACCCAGAGAACGAAGGUGAGCUGGGCUUCCACGAGGGCGACAUCAUCACCUUGAUCAAUCGAAUCGAUGAGAACUGGUUUGAAGGAUCGAUUCGCGGCAGAUCAGGAUUCUUCCCCAACAACUACGUUGAAGUGGUGGUGCCUCUGCAACACUGAAAACAGCAAGGCGAGGGGGGGGAACAGCAGGAUGGAGAGGAUGAAAAGUGGGGCAUGGUAGUGGAUUAUCAACUCUCAAUAACCAAAAUAUAUCUUUUCUUUAUUGUAAUUAAGGGAUAAACAUCUCAAAACAGGGACCUUAUUUUUACGUAGGAGUUAUUUGAGUAAAGCUCUUUUUUUUGUAGUAUGUCAGAUUCUGUCUAAAAAAACAAAACAGUAAGGACAGAGGGAUGUUCAGUGACGGUGUAACAAUUGGUUGCCUUUACCAUAUCCCAAGUAUUCAUUCUCUAUGCACCUGUGCACUUUGUACACUACACCAACAUUACCGGGACUGAUGAAGAAAGAUGUUGAGAGAAUGGCAUCUGUAACGACAUGUACAGCAGUAUCCACAAACACUAAGAAGUGCAACUACUUUAUUCUUGCAUUCUCAACCUAUUUUAUAUUCAUAAGAUUACAUUUCUUGUUCUAUAUUUUGCUCAUAUUGGUACUACACAAAUGCAUGUAUAUGCAUGCAUUCUUCCAAACACUAUUUUCCACACAUAGUUUUUGCGUCUGUGCCUUCAGGCUUUAGUUAUGUAAGUAAGUUAAAGUCAACCAGGAGGACAGGCGGCCUUCUGUCGAUGUCUGAUACGAUCCUUUACUGCCAUCUAGUGGUCCUAGAGAUCAUUCUUAGCUAUACGUCAUACAGCCUCUGUUAUCUUUUACCAAAUCCAAGUUUGGUGGCUUGUUUUAUGUUUUAGUGUUGAUUAUUUUUUCUUCAAAAUAUAUCUUAAAAACCUUCAAAAAUAGCUGGAGCCGGAGUCAGCCGGUAAUAUUGACUGACUGCUGUAUUAAAUGUCUUUUCAUUCUUACACCACUGCUGAUCAGAGAAACUUUGACAGUUUUACAAACAUUAGCAGUUUAUUUGAGACUAAAAUAAGUUGUUUUAUAGUUGAUUGUAAAGAGCUUGAGAGCAUCCAUAAAUAUGCUUAGUUUUAUAACCUUUAUCUCAAUCAUUUAUGCUACGUUGUCAAAUAUCUGAUUUACCUACAACCCUUCCAAUGUUUCUCACUGCACUCCACUCUUCUCUUAGAGCUGAGUCCCAGAGACUGCUGUUUGACAUUAAAAAGGAAACGUAUUUCUUACAGCCUCAUGCUGCAAAAUUAAGUUAAAUGAGAUGAUUGUAUGCAAACAUCAUGUUUUCACAUUCACUUCACAUUUUGGAGAAGAACAUCAGACAUUUGUUUCCAAUAAGUGCAACCCACAACAAUGUAACAUGACUCACCCCCACCCUGAACAUUUAGCAGCAUCACACCAAAGCCAUAAGCGUCCUUCAGUUCCUCUAUUUUCUCAGGCUGUAUUGAUACUGCUGGCAGUGUCGCUCACAAUAUUUUGUGGGCUUUUACCCAACUGUUUGUCAAUGAAUUUUCAGUCUGUGAUUUGUUUCCCCCAUAGUGCUGGGGUAAGCUUGGCUUUACUACUCUAACCUAUAAUUUGGAGCAUGAAAAUUAAUCUGAUGUGUUGUGUAUUGUUUUUGUUUUUUGAACCUGCCUCAGUUUUCAGGCUGAAUCUGUGCACCAGACCUGACAGAAAAUGCUCCAUAACUAUCGCCAAACUAUUGUGUACAGAAUUUAAUUAUAAUGAGGAAGGCCUGUGCACAAUAGCCGGUUUCAGUUUCAAUUAAGUCUUUGACAAGCUGACUAUGAACUGCGAGGGUUUGUGGUGUUCACUAAAGUAAAAACGUUCUCCUCUUGUCAUGAUCCCCUAGUUAGACCGCCCCCCGCCCCACUCAUCUCCCCCAUCUCUGUUUAAAGUGGGAGCGGAACAGACAGGUCUUUUCAUCAGGGAAGGGCACACAGCAGUGGAUUAUGCCCUCCCUCCCCCACUGGCCUUUAUUCACCACCUGCCCCUUUACCCCUACCCCCUUUCUCAUUAUCUGCCCCAGUCCAAUCCCAUUGUGCCUCUGGAGUCUCCUGGUCCACUCCUGGAAUAAGCUCCUCAUUGUUAUCAUAGUAUGUGCAUCUUAAAUGUUAUGUUUGAAUGUCUCCUAUGUUAUUCUUGUUAAGUAUCGGGCCAGGGUCUUCUGCUGUGCUGAGCAGUAACCGUGUGGUUCAGGUGUGGGUUUACAUCCCUCAUUACGCAAAAUCAAAAGCCCGGAGUUGAAGAGGGUCAGUGGUUCAGGUUGAGCUAUUAUGCAGCUUGUAUAAUGUUGAUGAUGAAUAAUGUUGUGGAACAAAGGGCUAAGAUCAAUUUUUCUGUGCCGCUGCUGUCACAUCUGGAAUAGUUGUCUGAAUGCUGCGGCUGACAUUUAUUGCAACACUACAUUCUGUGAUUGCUCGUAUUGCAUCCAUAACCAUAAGUGUCUCAAUUUGCAAUAUUGAUGAAUUAAGUAUUAUUGGACUUUAAAGCUUUAUUUUAUUGUGCACAAUCUUAAUGGGAUAUUGUUAACAUGUACCUGCUUUGCAUGUGUCUUCAUUACAGUUUAUGUGUCUUAUGCAAUGCCUUACUUUUGUAACUGUGACGAUGGGGGGGAGAAUAAAAGUGGGAUUAUCCUGGAUUAUCUUUAGGAUGUAUAGAUUACCUCUAUACUAAAUGUAAUCUUCUGUGUAUUGUAUAUUUUUGUUACUGUGUAAAGGGAAAUGGAUGCUCUACAUUUGCUUCUUCAAAUAAAUAUUAAGUAAUUUGG